CCUCUUCCUCCCCUCCUCUCCCCCUUCUUUGUCCUCACCUCUUGACUCCUGUCGUGCAGUUAGCACCGACCUUGUCUGUCAGGCUCUUCUCUCUCGUCCCCUGUGCAGAAAUUGCAGGCUUGACUGACUGUGACAUCCUUGAAAAUGGAUGCCAUUGUACUGGCUCAAAGUCCUCAGCCAGCUUGUAUCAGGCGCUACUCAGAGGUGAUGACACUGCCGGACUCUUUCAUCCAACGCCAGCAGCUGGACGCCAGCAUGGCUGACACGUUCCUGGAGCAUCUCUGUCUGCUGGACAUCGACCAGGAGCCAAUCACAGCGCGCAACACCAGCAUAAUCUGCACCAUCGGUCCUGCAUCCCGAUCAAUCCCCAAACUCCAGGAGAUGGUCAAAGCAGGAAUGAAUAUUGCUCGUCUGAAUUUCUCUCAUGGCUCACAUGAGUACCAUGGUGAAACCAUCAAAAACGUCAGAGAGGCAGUGGAGACGAUUACCCCUGACCCUUUGUAUUACCGGCCGGUUGCCAUCGCCUUGGAUACGAAGGGUCCAGAGAUCCGCACUGGAUUGGUGAAAGGGAAAGUGGAGGAGGAGGUGGAGCUGGAAAAGGGCAGCCAUGUUCGUGUGGUGACGGCAGAGACCGACAAAGACAAAACUGAUGGAAAGAUCAUCUGGGUGGACUAUCCCUACCUGCCCAAAGUCCUCACCAAGGGAGGAAAGAUCUACAUUGACGAUGGGCUCAUUGGACUCAAAGUCACAGAAAUAGGCUCUGACUGGGUGGACACAGUGGUAGAGGCCAGCGGGGUGCUCUGCAGUCGCAAAGGCGUCAACCUCCCCGGCUGCGACCUCAUCGGCCUGCAGGCGGUCAGCGAGCGAGACGAGGCUGACCUGAGGUUUGGGGUGGCCCAGGGCGUCGAUAUGGUGUUCGCCAGUUUCAUCCGCUCAGCCCAGGAUGUCAAGGACGUACGGCGAGUUCUAGGGGCACACGGACGAGAAAUCAAAGUGAUCAGCAAGGUGGAGAGCCGGCAAGGUGUUCAGAAUUUUGAGGAGAUCCUAGCUGAGAGCGACGGCGUGAUGGUUGCCAGGGGCGACCUGGGGAUUGAGAUCCCGGCGGAGAAAGUCUUCAUCGCUCAGAAGAUGAUGAUUGGGCGCUGCAACUCUGCCGGCAAGCCCGUCAUCUGUGCCACACAGAUGCUGGAGAGCAUGGUGGCCCACCCACGGCCAACUAGAGCAGAGGGCAGUGAUGUUGCCAACGCCGUGCUGGAUGGAGCCGACUGUGUAAUGUUAUCUGGGGAGACCGCCAAGGGACUGUUUCCUGUGGAGGCAGUCGCAAUGAUGCAUUCGAUCUGCAGGGAGGCAGAGGCGGCCAUUUUCCACCAGCAGCUAUUUGAGGAGUUGCGUCGCCUCACUCCUCUCUCCUCUGAUCCCACAGAGGUCACAGCCAUUGGAGCUGUAGAGUCCUCCUUCAAAUGCUGUGCUGGGGCCAUCAUAGUCCUCACCACCAGUGGCAGAUCUGCACAUCUCCUGUCCAGGUACCGCCCUCGCUGUCCUAUCAUCGCAGUCACUAGAAGUCCUCAGGUCGCCCGUCAGUCCCAGCUGUUAAGGGGAGUGUUUCCUGUCCUCUUCCACCCUCUGCCUGCUCCUGUCUGGGCAGAUGAUGUAGACAACAGGGUUAAUUUUGGCAUGAACAUAGGGAAAGCAAGAGGCUUCUUCAAGUCAGGUGACAUGGUGAUUGUGGUGACAGGCUGGAUCCCGGGGUCCGGUCACACCAACAUUAUGAGGGCAGUCAGUGCCGAGUAACAACCUGACCUGACCUGGACUCUAAUUCUGACUGACAUGCUGACCGGACAGUGGUAGAGCCUCUUUAAGACAGCUCCUAUAAUGAGAAGCACCACCUGAAAAUAAUAACCACCGUCACUGAUGAAUUAACCAAACUAUGAGAGAAACAUCAUUGUUAUUUAAACUCGAGUGCCACUGGAACUGGUCUCAUGAAUGUUGAAUUUGUGUAUAAGGUGUUUUAUUAAAAGUGAUGACUCCCUCCAAAUAAACCUUAAACCAUU